CUGCGCCCCGCUCCACCCGUGCCUGGCUGCCCGCGCCGAGCCUCGGGCGUCCACAGCGCGACUGUCGCCGGUGCAGCCAGCGCCGCCCUCGGCUGCGCCGCGCACCCUGCCUCCUCCCUUUCCGCCGUCGCCGCCGUCGGACACGCAGCCGCAGGCCGGGGCCGGGCCGCAGCUGGGGAGUCAGGGGCGCGCGCAGCCAACCCUUCCCCCUCCGGCUCCCGCACCGCCCGCCGCCUCCCCUCGCCCUCCUACUCUCCCCUCCCUGCUCCUUCGCCGCUUCCUCCUCCUCCUCCUCUCGGGGCCCCAGCUGCCAGCAUCAUGUCCGCAGGGGGAGAUUUUGGGAACCCGCUGCGAAAAUUCAAGUUGGUGUUCCUGGGGGAGCAGAGCGUCGGGAAGACGUCUCUGAUCACAAGGUUCAUGUAUGACAGCUUUGACAACACAUACCAGGCAACCAUCGGGAUUGACUUCUUGUCAAAAACCAUGUACUUGGAAGACCGCACGGUUAGACUGCAGCUCUGGGACACAGCGGGGCAAGAGAGGUUCCGCAGCCUCAUCCCCAGCUACAUCCGGGACUCCACGGUGGCUGUGGUGGUGUACGACAUCACUAACCUCAACUCCUUCCAGCAGACUUCGAAGUGGAUUGAUGAUGUCAGGACAGAGCGGGGCAGUGACGUGAUCAUCAUGCUUGUGGGCAACAAGACGGAUCUGGCAGACAAGAGGCAGAUAACCAUUGAGGAAGGGGAACAGCGAGCCAAAGAACUGAGCGUUAUGUUCAUUGAGACCAGCGCGAAGACCGGCUACAACGUGAAGCAGCUCUUCCGACGUGUGGCAUCGGCUCUGCCCGGCAUGGAGAACGUCCAGGAGAAGAGCAAAGAAGGGAUGAUUGACAUCAAGCUGGACAAGCCCCAGGAGCCCCCGGCCAGCGAGGGUGGCUGCUCCUGCUAAUACAGCGCCCACGCGGCUUCCUCGACACUAGACACUACUCAGUUGUGGUACCUCCUAUUGGUUAGUUUCCUAAUGGGGUGGGAAAUGUGGUUAUCAAACAGGAGGAUCUUUCUUUUCUCUCUCUCUCUCUCUAGGAGUAGGGUGGGACACGGGGAGGGAGGCUGGGCAUCAGGGACCACGUCACUCUUAACAGCUGUUACCUAAACAACUAUUUUUUGGUUUGGUUGUAAUAUAUUGUACUUUAUUAAGAUUGCCAAAAACUGUUAAAAUUAAAAAAAAUUUAAAUCA